GCAAGAUCCAUGCAGCCAUUAGAACCAAGACACCUUGUUCUCUCUCUAUAAAUAGUCUCUUCCUCCUCCAAUCUUGCACCGUGAAUCUCUGCUGUGCCCAUCGAUACAUCUUCCGUUCAUCCAUCACCGCCAUCAUCCGUCCACCACCACCACCACCGUCAUCAGAUCACUGCACCAUCAUCAAGAUGGGCAAUUUCAAAGACAUGAUGGCCACCAGGGAGCUCUCCAUGGUCAUGCCAAGAGUCCUCAUCGUCUCAAGAAGAUGCGUCCGCAAGAACAAGUUCGUCGAUUUUGUAGGCGAAUACCAUCUUGAUCUCAUCGUCAACUAUGGCGCCGUCCCUGUAAUAGUCCCAAGAGUCGCAGGCAUCCACAUGCUCCUGGAGAGCUUCGAGCCCAUCCAUGGGGUGCUCCUCUGUGAAGGAGAGGACGUGGAUCCCUCCCUCUAUGAGUCCGAUUUCGACGGCUUCUCACCGCAGGAGAUGGAGGAGAUCAAGCGGCUGCACUCCAGCGACACCGCCAUUGACAAGGAGAAGGACUCCAUCGAGCUGCAACUGGCAAAGCUGUGCCUGGAGAGGAACAUACCCUACUUGGGGAUCUGCAGAGGGUCUCAGAUCCUCAACGUCGCCUGCGGGGGCACCCUCUACCAGGACGUGGAGAAGGAGCUCGCGAGAAGCGGCAGGGAGAAGGUGAGUCACAUAGACUACGAGAAUUACGACGGCCACAGACAUACCGUAAAGGUUCUGGAGAGGACGCCAUUGGAGUUGUGGUUCAGGGACUCUCUGGGAGAAGACAUGGAGCUGAGAGUCAACAGUUAUCACCAUCAAGGGGUGAAGAGGCUGGCUGAGAGGUUCGUGCCCAUGGCCUUUGCAGCAGAUGGGUUGGUGGAGGCCUUCUACGAUCCGGAUGCGUAUAAUCCGGAGGAAGGGAAGUUCAUCAUGGGUCUGCAAUUUCAUCCUGAGAGGAUGAGGCAUGGGGAUUCAGAGAUGGUUUUCGACUACCCUGGUUGCCCUUCUGCGUAUCAGGAAUUCGUCAAGGCUGUGAUUGCCUACCAGAAGAAGGUGAAUGGUGAGGUGAAGGCCACAAAGCUCGACGGAGAGAUGGAGAAGAAGAGAAAGAUAAUUGUCCGGAGUUUUUCGAUGGCGAAGGAUAUGUACACGGCUGGUAGCACCAGAAGGCCCAUUGGAGACGAAGAUUUAGAAGCGGGAGCAGCGUUUCUAGAGUCAAGUGCUGCUCUGAGCAUACAGCAGGAGAAGCGGUUGAAGCAGAUGGGAGCUACUGUCAGGAACGCGUCCGCUUACAUGGAAAAGCUGAAGAUGAAUGAAGAGAGGGAGAUUGCAGCAAGGAAGAUGAUGUCCAAUAUGUCAAUUGAACAGCUUUCUGAUCUGCUCUCCUUCUAUAGCGUUAUGAGUCACAUUUGCUCUGAGAUCUUGGAGAAGAAACUCAUGGCGCCUUCCUAGAUGUCGAACUAGGAAGCUUCGGCUAGCUGCGCGUGCAAGCGUCUUCAACCCCAAACAGGGGUACCCAUCUGCGGAUCCUUCCUCCUGGCGGAUAUGAGAAUGAUCUGCAAUUGAAGGAUCAAAAAGGAUGAUCGAUCAAGAAUACAUGACUGCAAUGAUUUAAUGAUCAUGUAAAUUUCAUUUACACUUCAUUCUACUGUUGAAAAUUCAAAUUUUA